GAUGCCACAUCACCCGCUGUGACCCGCAUAUCAAAGUAGUAAAGAAACUAACAGGGACAAACUCGGUCAGAAUUUUAUUUAUAGAACAUGGACGACGAAAGUGAGCCACUGGCGAAAUUGCGCUACGUCUCUCUUAUCACGGUAUUUUGUUUGCAUUCGGUCCUUUUGUUUAUGCCCAGCCGAUCAGAAAGCCACGUCAGUGCCAUCAACGAGGUUCCAAAACCAUGGGCGAAUGACACGUUAAUUUUCGGGAAAGAACUGCAGCCGGGAGAAUCAUUAGCGGCAACGCUGAGUGUGUGCCCCAAUGCGUCUACUGCACACUUGGUCAAUGUUAGCCAAUAUGGUGGCGACGGAUUACCUCGGAACAUGUCCAAUUCUUAUCGGGACCAGUGGGAGCAUUUUGACAAACUCCUUUUUCUACGCGGAACAUCACCAAUUACUUUUAACAGACGAGCGGACUUGGAUUUGCAGGAUUUCGCAAACUAUCUGGCACUGGACCCUUUUGUCAGCUCGCAUAUGGUAACGCUGGAGUUAAGCAAUGCCACGGUAACCGAAAUACAAGACGCGCUGACGUUCGCCUGGUUACCCAGUUUCGAAAAAGGCAACUGGACAGCAACCCACGCCGAAAUCGUUCAGAUUGACAACGCCACCGAUCGCCCGCUGUUUUCGGCUAACGGGUCACCUGUUAUGCGGAUUGUAUAUAUUUUACCCGUUUCCCCUGCUGCAAUUCCGGCAAAUUUCUCCAAAAAUCUAUCAGAAUAUCCAUGGAUAUUUGCCCGCAAUACGAUCUACCAUGAAUUACCGAAAACCCCUUCACCUGAUCGCGAAGAUUUCUGUCAGCGUUUGAAGAGUAAAGGGCUGACCGUGUACUUGGGACGAGUGUUUUCGGGCACCUUCAAUUCUGGAGGAGGACAGGUGUACCUUAGCAUUAACUCCACUUCCGGCAAGUUUGACACUGACCUGCUAGAACAGGAUCUACUGGAACGCGUACGACAGGCGCGAGUGGAAGAAGGCUGCGGCGACGCCGACAUGAGUGAUGUGCAGGUCCACUUCAGUCCGUUCGCAACUUGGAUCGCGCCCAUGCGGAAAAACGGCUCGUUUUUUGACAUAAAGGUCAUGCCACUUAACUUCAAACUGUUUGUUAAGCAGAAAGCUGUCGUGUUCAAUGGCAUUAACCUGACAUCGCUGGCAAACAAUACCGACCGCUACUAUGCACGUUCAGAAUUCUUGGGUGGCGAUAAGUAUUUUCCAUCCAAUGCGCGUUACAUAGAAACGCCGCCAAUGAAUCCCCUGAAUUCAUUUCGCAUGCAUUUUGACCGCUCGAUGAGUGUCCAGCUUUUGCCAGCGCUGGAAGCGGCAAUGGCAGCACGCCUGAAUACAUGGACUUAUGGCACAGACGAUGAUCGCUGUGUGGUAACAGUGCAUUUAUGGAACUUCGAUCCUGACGGUUGGGUGGUUGACUUUUUUGUUGUGCUCCACAAACACUCGUAUCCUUAUCAUAUCUACUUAGAUGCCAGACUGCCGUACGCGAACAGCAUUUAUCGAAAAUUAGAGGGCCUUCAGCUGACGUCACCGUCUAUUAAAGCUGUUUACACCAUGACAACUUCUCCUCUUCCUAUUACUUUAAAAGAAAACAAUAAGUCCUUAACCCUGCAAAACUGUGACACGGAAAAGGAUUUGUACAUUGAACAAGAAACGUUAUGUCCCUUGAAAAAUGUUUUCACUUUAUAUGUCGAGCCAGUUAAAUCGCAACAAUCGCGCCUCCACGCAUUGGUCAACGGUUGGUCAGCCGAAACUUUGAGUUCCGAUCAGAUUUUGGAGGCUGUCCAGCAAGCCUUUGCCGCAGCCAAUCCCGUGACAGUGGACAACAUGACACUGACGAUAACGCUCACUGAAUGGAGCGACCGCUUGAAGACCCUUAAUGGAGGCGAUGCUUCGAAAUACUACUUUGCAAUAUCGACUCCCAAGAUGAAAAGCGGAUCCUAUUGGCGACUGUGGCGCUAUCCAACAGCGGAUGGGCUCAACAAGUUUCUGAAUAUAACCGCAAAGGCUCGGAUUGUGGAUACAUGGACAGUAGCUCACAAAUAGAUCAGUUUCCCCAACGUUCUUCGCAUAGCGCAGUGAUAAGCGCUUUGGCCACAAUUCAUCGGUGCUAACCACGCGAUUUUAUUUGCCAACUCUUCUAGUAACUAUGUAAUUCCCCUUAUUGAAUGAGCAGGAUGAAGUUAACGAUCAGUGCGCAGGCCUGAAAAUCAAUAACAAAUUGCUUUCAUAAUUACAACAACCGUUUACGUCUAAAUUUGCUAUAAAAACAAUUUUAUGUUCUGAAAUAUGUUUGUAACAAAAGAUUACAUUUAUUUAUGCAGUAGCACCGAAGCUGUCGUGAUGCUUUGGAGACAAUUAAUUCGAAAAUUAGCUACUGGUAUACGGAACAACGGUCAAAGCUAUGCGCAGGAGUUUUU